ACUGCGGACGAGUGCACAACACCACAGCGCUCUGUUGACCGAAACCGAGAAAUUAUUAAUUCAAUAAAUUAUCAGAAAAUAAAUGUUUGCCCGUCCCCGAAGAGCGAAAUACUGAAAAGAAAUACGCAAACUUAUAAUAUAAAUUCAAACCAACGGGGAUUUUGAACAAAACCUCAGAAGAACAACAAUAAUAUUGAACGAGCACAAAUACGAAAAUGUGUAAAAUUGUGGAGUGUAAAGAUUUGCAUUAAGUUUUUUAGCGGUUGAUUCACAUCCAUCGGCUCGAUGCAUCUUUUAUAGACUUCCAUGAAGAAGGAUCAUAAAAUAAUCCAGGCAGUGAAGUGCCAUAAUUUUUUUACAACACCUCCGGAUGAGGACCACCAACACUUCGUAACAUUAAUUCGUCGUAUAAACCUGAUAGUGAUAACAUUUGCAAGCGUUCGCCUUUGCAGUCGGUCAUCGGUCGGUCGAUCUAUCGCACACAGAAAAGAUCUUUAAGAUUACGAUUUAACAAGAAAACCAAGUGAGAAUGAAAAGAAUGAAAAAAUCCAGUGAAGGUGUGAAAAAAGUGAAAAUAAUAUUAAACGAUAAAAAACAACAGAGAAAACUGUAUUCAACAUAGGAAAGAAAAAAAGUAAAGCAAAAAAUAAAUAAAUACCACAACAACAACCAAUUAACACAUAUCCAAACCGAAAGGAAAGGAAAUACAAUACCCAACAACAACAGCAGACACUUCCAAAAAACACGGACAAUAUGAAACUGCAACCCCACCUUAGAAAAAUGUUUGACUUUCACACGCUUGUGAUCCUGGUGUGGUGGCUAACCCCAAUGCAGACGCCUCGCCCCACACACGGACUACUUCUAGAACAACAAAGUAAUCACAGUCAUCCCGGCCAUCAUCAUCGUCAUCAUCACCGUCAUCAUUAUCCUCGGCAGCAGCAGCUCAGCCAUUAUCACCAUACCACACCUAGAAUAGAAGAUGAGGAUGGAGAAGCCACCACAAACACACCUCUGUCCCUGAUGGAUGAUAAUGCGAUCACCAACAGAGAGGACGAAGAGCUUCUUCUUUUCAAAGGCAUUAAUUCGUGGAGCUCCAGCACCACGAAACCCGCCAGACAUUACCGCCACCAACACUACAACCAUCGGCAUCACUCGUCGGAGCAACAGGACAAAAAUCAAAGUCGAAAUGGACAACAUUUAAUUUUAACCUCGUCCAGUUUAUCAUCGCCGACAUCGGCGGCUUCAACUUCCUCCAAGUCAUCCUUCUCAAAUUCCAUAUUGGAACAACAGCAGCAGCAACAACAACAGCACCACCACCACACCCAUCAUCAACGAGGGCAGCCACAUCAUCCACAUCCCCAGCAAUCAUCGUCAGCCGCCUCAUCGCCGACCCAGAGAUUAGGACCAACACCUUUACCACCACUGCCGUCAUAUUUCUUAUCAGCUACAACGCAAAAACACAAUCACCCAGCCGGCCAUGGCAAUGGCGACGGUGGCGGCCAUCAAAGAGGGCUGUCUUCUAAGGCGGCCGAAGAUGCAAGUCCUGCGGAACGGUCUAAAUUUAGCACUCAUAAAGCCGUAUCAUUGGAGCGAGACAAUUACCAGAGACCACAACAACACCAUCAUCAGGAGCACCAGAACCAGAACCACCACCCAACAAAGCAUCUUCAUACUCAGACGAAAGAUUUGACAAUGAAACGAGACUAUGACGACGACGAUGAUUUGCAAGGGCGACACACACGAACACCGCAGGAAGAUGCUGAUUACUACGAGGAGUACAACGACGGCGAGGAUGCCGAGGAUGACAAUGAGGAGGAAGAUGAUAUUGACGGCUUCGCAGAUGACACCGAUAACAAUUUAAGUGAUCGCUCCUAUGCCCGAAUAACCCGUUCCAAACUAGAUGAUGAUUAUGUCGAUGACGAGCCCUAUCGCAAUGCGCUCGACGAAGAAAUGCAAGGUGAUGCACCCGGUGUACUGACGGAGCAAAAAUACCAGGAACUUGGCAAUGAAAAGGGAGUUCAGCAAGCUCGAGAACGCUACAUCCAGGAACAAAAGAGGCCGAGAACUCCACACGAACUGGCCACAGAACAUUGGCAACGCAUGAUACAUGCCACCAAAUUCGGAAGCCAAUGCCACGCGUUAUACCCGUUUCGAACAAUACCUCGAAACGCUACGAGCCUUAUGCCACGAUUUUGCACAGAUGUGGAGAAGAUACUGGCUGCUGUGGUUCCACGGCCAGUGUCUGCACGGUAAGCGACAAGAAGUUGUC